CGACUCUGUAUGCUUAGGCAUGCUCACCAGCUGAGAAAAGUUUCCAUAUUCCAUAUCAGCCCUAUCAACGCCACUAUCUUAACUUUCUCCUUUGCCUUACGACGACCUUUGACGAUGUCCAGCCAGUACGACGCCGAAAAGCAAGUCGCCAUCUGCGCCGUCCGUCGCGCAUGCGGUCUCACGUCCACCGUGUUCAAGAACCUAGAGCGUAUCAAGGGAGAGACGCUGACGAAGGAUGACAAGUCACCCGUUACCGUUGGUGACUUCGCCGCCCAGGCACUCGUCAACACGAUUCUCAAAAACGCCUUCCCAGACGAUGUCAUCGUUGGCGAGGAAGACUCGGCCGACUUGAGACCCGAGAACGCCUCUCAGAUGCGCGCACGGGUAGCUCAGCUUGCGAACGACGCGAUUACCGCACCACUUGUGGAGGGCGAAGACGCUGCUUGGGGCCUUGGGCCAGGAAAAGAGCAGACGGAGACGCAACUGCUGGAUACUGUCGAUCGAGGGAACCACCAGGGAGGGGUCAGUGGACGCAUGUGGACGCUGGAUCCGAUCGAUGGCACCAAGGGCUUCAUCCUCGGCGAACAAUACGCCGUCUGCCUAGCACUCAUCGUCAACGGCCAGGUCAAACUCGGCGUUAUCGGAUGCCCGAACCUUCCUAACUCCCCACACCCCGUCUCGCUUACCGCACAAGGGCUCGCAGCCUUGCCCGACGACGCGAAAGGCGGAAUCUUUGUCGGCAUCGAGGGCGGGGGCGCAUGGGAACACGACCUCCAGGGCCUCAAUCCCAAGCCGAUCAAGGUCAGCGACAGUCCUCAGAACCCGAGGGUGCUUGAGUCGCGCGAGGUGAAGCACUCGGACAAGGCUUUCAACGUCGCGGUUUAUCAGCGGAUUACGGGGACAACGGAUGGUACUAUUCCAGCGAUCCCGAUGGACAGCCAGGCCAAAUACUGCGCGCUUGCACGGGGGGAUGGAGACCUGUACCUCCGUAUGCCUGUAGACCCGAAAUACAAGGAGAAGAUUUGGGAUCACGCCGCAGGCAACGUCUUGGUUACGGAAGCGGGCGGAAAGGUGACCGAUUCACGGGGACAACUCCUCAACUUUGGUCUCGGACGCACGCUCGGCGAGAACUACGGCAUCGUUGGUGCAGUCAAAAGCCAACACGCUGACGUCGUCAAGGCGGUGCAGGGGGCGCUAGAAGCAAAGAAAGCAACGGCGAAGGCCUGAUGUUAGCACGAAGGUACAAUACGACCUUUGUGCCCCUGUAGCUCAUCCUGUACUCUGGUACGUUGACGUCGCAAUGCGUAUAAUGGCUUGUCAUUGGUCG